ACUGUUCAUUUGAAAACGAUAACGAGAGAACUGUGCUAAUUUUAGUUUCUUUUUGUUUUCGCAAAGCGGAUAUUUCUAAACACAGUGAAGUGUUGCUUGUAGAGUCGAAAGAAAAAGGAACCAAAAAAAUGGCACACGCAAACGUUCCGGAAGAGUGAAAAUUCUCUUCCGUAUCGAUUUUUUUGUCCGUUCCGUCCUGCCCUGCCCACUACAUCGAGUGAGUGUUUGUAGCGUGUGCGCGCGCACGCAAACAGAACACGUACCGGAAUUGUGAAAAACAAAAACAAAAAAACAUAAAACUCGGCGAGAAGAUCCGUUUGACAUCUUUCGGCACGUUAAAAAAAAGGGGGGAGAGUUCUCCUUGUUUAUGAAAGACGUAGAACGGAGGAACCAGAGCAUCAUGAUGUUUACCCAUAGAACGGAGCAUUUUGCAGGCAAUUGCGUGGCGAGGGCCUUGUACGACAACAUCGCCGAGACGCCCGACGAACUCGCCUUUCGCAAAGGAGACGUCCUGACCGUUUUGGAACAGAAUACGAGCGGACUGGAGGGAUGGUGGCUUUGCAUGCUCAGAGGACGCCAGGGAAUUUGCCCAGCCAACCGGCUGCGUCUAAUAGCCAGGGUGUACGACACUGGCGGCGGAGUAUCCGGAGGAGUCAUUGGGGAUUUCAGCAAUGUUUCUUAUCCGGCCGCAUCAUCACCUGGGCUGAAUAGUAGUGGUGGAAGCAGUUCGAGUAGCAGCUCUAGUUCCAGUAGUAGCAGCUCAUCAAGUUCGAGCAGCUGCAGUAGUUCGUCCAGCAUCGGCGGACGGAUCCCUCAGCAACAAGCCAAAACAGGAAUGCUGAGCGCUGCUGUCCGGGCCCAAAAACAAAAGCAACUGGACGCAGGCGAUGAAUUCCGCACUUCAAAGUCGGUGGCCUCCUUUGGUACACGUCCAGGAAAUAUCUUUGUCUAUCCAACACCAGUCCAGCAUCCAGAUGCUUCACAGGAUUGCUACGAUAUGCCCAGAUCUUUACAUCAAACAUUAAUCCGGCAAGAAUCGUCCAACUACCAAGAGCCACGUUCACAUCGUCCUUUGCUGUCUACACAAUCGUCCGUACCAGAUGCAGCCAUGUUUGCUGAUUACGACGUUCCACGACCACACAACCCCGUCAGUCGAAUGGAGCCGCUUAGGACGUUAUCCGUUGAUAGCAGCUGCGAAUACGAUGUACCUCGUCCGACUAUGGAGACUUACGAUACGCCGCGCUUGGUGGCAAUCAGCAACAAUGGCCCGUGUGGAGGGUCGUCCAUCAGUCCCCCACCUUUGCCGUUAUCAUCGAGUAAUACGGCAACAACACUGGGAGAUGAAUACGACAUUCCCAUCGCAGCUGGAUCAGCAGCCGUAGCCACCCGUUUUCAGAAUCGCAGUGGCAACAACAAUCUGUCAGACAGGUCCAGCGGCGUAUCGCUCUUCUCGUCUGGCAGCGGUUCCGACGGCUCCUCCGCCAUUUCCAGUGCGAACCGAUCCGUCAGCUCGGAAUCGCUAUCGUUGUCCAGCGCAGUGGGCCGCAUUUCUGGCCGGUCUAGCCGUUCCAGCAUCAUUGAUCAACAGCCACAAUCAUUUGAACUCUAUGACGUCCCAACUUCCAACCACCAGGUAGUCAAAGAAGCACUUCCAGCCAGUCAAGCCAUUCAGGAAGAGGUUUACGACGUGCCGAAACCGGCUGCGGCCGUCGUGCCAGACGAAACGCUUUACGACGUUCCACCACCAACAGUCACGUCCAUCAUGGAAGACAACAGCGGGCUCGUCUACGAUGUUCCACCGCCUCGUACGAUGGCUGCAUCCCAAGAACACAACCGGAUAAUAAGUCACCCGACUCCUUCUGAACAAGGAGGUGAUACUUAUGAUAGCCCAAAACCGUUAUCAGCUGACGGGACGGAUAAGGUGUCCAGCGCUCCCCUGCCGCUGCCAUUAGACGCUGCGCUAGAUACUCUUGGUAGGCUACACGCGGAAGUAUCCAGUGCUAUCACCAACUUGCAGAGCUUUAGUGAAGCGGCAUCUGGUGGUGACUGGACUGAGUUGCAGCUGCGUGUGCUCCGGCUACGUACCUCCCUCAAGGAACUGUGCGAUUUUGCACGUGGAACAAUCGGAAAUGCAUCGCAACGAAUCAAAAAUGGACUCGGCGAUGAAGGUGUCACCAUCCGAUUGAUACGACUCAUAAGGCCGCUUCAAGAUGCCAACACCAUCGUCCAGAAAAGUUCACAGAGUUGGACGGAUCUCUUUACCACCCGGCUGGGAACCAAUAACGAAAACGAAGCAGAACUUGACCAGCUGUUGGCUUGUUGCCGCAACUUGGGCGAUGAUAUGCGACAGGUCGUCGUGUUCAUUCAAAGCAAUGGCCAUCUUCUCUUUGACAAAAAUAAAGGACAGGCUGAAAUAAUAAAUGAUGACUAUGAUUACGUCAAUCUUGAAUCGAAAGCAAAAAUCGAUCAAGAAAACGAAGAGGUUAAACGUACCUUACCACACGAAAUGAAAAGGGGUUUCGAUGUCUUGGUUGCCCAGUCCGAAGAUUUACCUGUGUUACCACACGAUAAAGUCAGCGAUAAUGACCGGAACGUGGUGGAAUUCUAUGGAACGCAAGCCGAGACAUACGCCGUUUAUCUGAGCAACGCCAUCGAUGCCUUUAUUUUGACCAUUGAGCACAAUCAGCCUCCUAAAGUGUUUGUAGCUUAUUCCAAAUUCGUCAUCCUCAAUGCCCACAAGCUGCUCUGCAUCGGCGAUACCGUUCACAGGAACGUCGGCAACGCCAAACUCAAAGCCAGUGUCCUAGAACGAUCCAACCAACUCUGCCAAGGAUUACAAACGUGCGUUCAGAGCACAAAAAGGGCUGGCAAGGAGUUCCCAAGUGUUGCUGCCGUUCAAGGAAUGCUUGACUCCAUCGUGACCGUCUCCAAAUUGGCGCAAAAUCUUAAAACUUGUUUAGUUCAACCUACCAUUCUAAAUGGUUCAAAAUGAACAAAAUGCAAAU